CUGGUGAUGACAGGACGUAAAAAGUUAGGAACAAUAGGAACUAAGAAAUACCGCGCCAACGAAGUUACAACUAUAUUUAUAGGAAUAUUUAAGUGUAUUGGUGCUUAAUUAAGUGUUAUUAACAUACAAAGUGUUGUAGGAGAUUGGCGUGAGGACAGUCGUCAGAAUGGCCGAAAAGAAAGUUUGUGAGGAUCUGGUGAAGGAGAGGAAGAAAUGCACUUUUAAUGUUGAGGAGCUGACACGGCUUAUUGAUGGAGGGGAGGACAAGACUAUGGAGAGGAGGGAAGUCGAGGACAUGGUGAUAAAUGCCGGUGGAUUGAGUACAAAAGAUGAGGUCCCCGAAGAAUACUUGAGUCAUAAAGAGAGAUACGAGAACGCUAUUAGGAAGGCGUCCAGAUUGUUCGAGGUGUUCAGAGAGUAUGCCAAGACUCACGACACUACAGACGCAUUCUCGCCAACCAACAAGUACCGAGUUUCCUUCGGCGUAGUGAAGGACAUUUCCCCGUUCAUGUUGCACAUGGGGAUGUUUGUCCCCACUCUGAUGAACCAGUCGGACCCCGACCAGGUCGCUGAGUGGCUUCCCAAGGCCCUCUCCAUGCAAUACAUCGGGACUUAUGCGCAGACGGAACUCGGGCAUGGAACUUUCCUAAGAGGCUUAGAAACGACAGCUACUUACGAUCCUAGUACAGAGGAGUUUGUGCUCAACAGUCCGACCCUCACUUCAUACAAAUGGUGGCCUGGUGGAUUGGCCCACACAGCCAAUCACUGCGUAGUCGUAGCUCAGCUGUACACGAAGGGGGUCUGCCACGGAGUCCACCCCUUCCUUGUCCAGAUCAGAGACUUGGAGACCCACAUGCCUCUUGAAGGCAUCAAGGUCGGAGAGAUCGGGCCCAAGCUAGGGUUCCAGACGGCGAACAAUGGAUUCUUAGGAUUCAACCAUUAUAGGAUCCCCAGGAGAAGUAUGUUGAUGAAGAACGCUCAAGUGCUCAAGGACGGCACCUACAUCAAGUCAAAGAACGACAAGCUGACAUACGGUACCAUGGUGUUCGUUAGAGUUCUGAUCGUCACUGACCUUGCGUACGAGCUGUCGAGAGCGGGCACCAUCGCCGUGCGGUACUCCGCUGUCAGGCAUCAGUCACAACCUAAACCUAAUGAGCCUGAACCCCAGAUCUUGGACUACGUGACCCAGCAGCACAAGUUGUUCAUCGGUGUGGCUACUAGCCACGCCUUCCGCGUCACCGGCAACUGGCUCUGGAACUCCUACUCGAAGGUUAUCAAGGAUGUUAGCAAGGGCAAUAUGGAUCAGCUGCCUGAGCUGCACGCGCUGGCGUGCUGCCUGAAGGCGGUGUGCAGCCGCGACGCGGCGGCGCGCGUGGAGGAGUUCCGCCUCGCGUGCGGCGGACACGGGUACAUGGCCUCCUCCAACCUGCCCAUCAUCAACGGCAUUGUGACGGCCACCAUCACCUACGAGGGAGAGUUCACCGUGCUCAUGUUGCAGACUGCUAGAUUCUUAGUAAAGGCCUGGAAAGAAGCAACUACUGGGAAAGUGAAGACGCCUACGGUGUCAUAUUUGGUGGAGUUCUUCAAGAACGACCGCGUGAUCUGGGAGAACACACCCUCAACUAUGAUCAAAGGAUUCCAAGCUAUAGCUGCCGGAAAAAUAAGGACAGCCUACGAAACUCUUGAGAAGCAUGUGAAGAGUGGCAUGGAUUACGAAGACGCGUGGAACAGUGCAUCAGUUCAGCUCGUGAAUGCUAGUGAGGCCCACUGCCGAGCUAUCCUGACUGAGAUAUCUUGGAAGGAGAUGGUCCGCCUCUCGACGACUGUAUCUCCAAGCUUAGCCCAGGUAUUACUGCAGUUAGCUGAGCUCUACCUCAUUUACUGGACUUUGGAAAAGCGAGGUGAUCAUUUGAUGUAUUCAACAAUUACCAGGGAUGAUAUUCAGAAGCUGCAGACCAGGUAUGAGGAGUUGUUGGCGCUGAUCCGACCCAACGCCAUUGGUCUAGUCGACGCCUUCGAUGUUAGGGAUGAGAUUUUGAACUCGACCCUAGGCGCAUACGACGGCCGCGUGUAUGAGCGGCUGAUGGAGGAGGCCCUCAAGAGUCCGCUCAACGCCGAGCCCGUCAACCAGAGCUUCCACAAGUAUCUCAAGCCGUUGAUGUUGAAAGCCAAACUGUGAUAUCAUAUUAGUCAUUCAACAUAUGCAAAAAUGACGUAACUCUGUAUAAUAUGUAUCUGCUUUUUUCAACUGGAUCAUAUAGACAAGCAUUUUAGAACGACACUUCGACGAAUGAUGCUCUUGCAUAAUGCGGAUAUAGUUCGUCUGUUGUAGGUAUAAUAAAAAAGCAAGAUAUUCAAAAAGAGAAAAUAAUAAGUACAAGAAGCGUUAAAUUAUUUUUAUCUUAUAUAACUCUACAAUUGAGCGGAGAUUACAAGUUGUAUCGAUAAAUCAUUUCUCCCACCUCUUGGAUAGAGGGCUAUAAAUAAGUUACAUCUUUCCGAGCGCUAAUGUUGUCUGAAUCGCUCUAAUGUAUUGAACUGACAAGUCAAAGUCACGUCAUUUGUCGUAAAGGAAUGUCAUACACAAAUACAAUUUUCUGUUUCAAUGUGAUUUAAUAUUGACUUCGCCUACAGGGUUGAUGACCUGUGUUAAAAACUGGGUACAUACAUUUAGUUUCUAAAAUGUUGUUAUGAUACGUAAUAAUAAAGUACAAUAAUUUAAUUGGUUACGGACUUCGAACAAAAUGUGUAAAUAAUUGUAUUCAAUAAAGACGUUGAUUGGUACUGUAAAA